AGUUUUUUAAUCUAAUCUCCGUCAAGUGCCAGAGAUAAAAUGCAAGUUUAAAGUAUCGGGAGUACUAAUAUGCGGCUCGCGGUUGAGAUGGGCAAUUGCAGUUCGCACAAGUCCGAAAGCCCCAAGGGGAGAGUGUCCACCAAAGCGCGGCCAAGUCAUUUGGACUGGGACUCGAUCAUGAGUCAGGAGAAUGACGGGGGUGCCAUGUCGCAGAAGAGCUACGACCAAGUGGAAGUGGCCAAGAUGAAGAAGGAGUUGCUCGAGUCGCCGCAGAUUUUUGUGCUGAAUAAUUUGUUGAUGUCGGUCAUGUUUUUUGAAAACUACGAAAGAGAAAAGCAAAAAUUCACGCACUCAACCAUCGAGAAAGAACUCAACCCGACCCUGCUCCGCGACGAGACCAUCGAGUGUGUGAUCCCUGACGUGAUUUUCGAAAACGUCCACAAAAACGUAAAAUUUCGCCGAAUGCACGGCCCCAAUAAAAACAAAAUUGAACCUUUGGUACCUCGCCGAUACUUCGUGGUGAACGACAACAUCGAAGUCUUGGAGACAAAGAACACCCCUCAGUACAGUGCCAUCGACAAGCCCGGCUACCAAGUCGUCGUCGAAAAGUCCGAGGAACAUUUCGGUUUCGUCAAAUUAAAAUGUGCCCCCAGCCAGGCGCGCACAAUCGAGCCCGAGCCGGCCCUGGACAAGAAGGACCCCAAACCCGGGCCUUCGACCCAAACCGACGAUUCAGAAAUCUACGAAUACUCGACGAUUGCUAGUGUAAAUACCCCAAAACCCCUAGACAUCACAAGUUGCGAAAGGCGGGACACUUUGCCCAAAACGUGCUUCACGCAAAAGCGGAUCCGGAAGUACGAAGAAACGUCCGAUGAUUCGGACGAGGAGGAGGAGGCGGGUCGGAAAGUGGACGAAGCGAAGGAGUUGUACGACGUGGUGUCUUAUAUUUCCUCAAAUGGGUUCAUGAAGUACAUCCAGAAUGCGGUUUUUCCGAACUCGUUGGGUCUGGCGUUGGGCUUCGACGCGAGCGAAAUAGCCCUGGCGAAGGCCAUUCCGGGGAAGAUUUUCUGCAACUUGCAGGACGUCAAUGAGGAUUUUGCCGUGUUGCCGUGCGAGAUUGUGCCUUCGGUGGCCAUCCAGUGGCCGAUUGAGUUCACUUUUGAGUUCCACAACCGGGCUGAAAGGCCCACAAUGUGGGACAAGUUCGGCGAAGAGUACAAGUGGCCUAAGCUGAACAUGAUCAACGAAAUUCGGGGCUUGAGCUGCGCCCUCGUCCCCCGGGGCUACAUCCCCAAGCGGGGCGAAAACCCCGACAGUGAAAUCGAGUGGGAAAUCGCUUUUCCCAAAGCCCAGCGAUACCUGGACACGCACAUGUCGCACACACAAAUACGGGCCUUCCUGUUCCUGCUAACAAUCUACAAAUCGUUCAUUGAACCCGUUAAUAAACAAUAUGAUGGGCUUUUAGUCGACCACUUCCGCACCCACAUGUACUGGGAAUGUGAGUCGAACCCCAGGGACUGGCCCGAGCACAGGCUCGGGACCAAGCUCGCGAUCGUGAUCCGAAACUUCAUGCAGAAGCUGUCAGUGGGCGAACUGCCCGAUUUCUUCAUCAAGAAGAAGAACAUGUUUUUGAACGUCCCGAACAAGCAUUUGAGACAUGCCCAGAAAAUCUUGCACGAUGUGUUGGAAUCACCCGCUAUUUAUUUUCUGGGUGCUUUGAGGAAUUUGAAAUACACGAACCCGAAGUUUUACCCACACUUUGAUUUUAAAGAGUUGUAUAGACUGCUCACGGCCGAUACGUCUCUAAUGGUCAAUCCACGAAUAGUGCGGCCGCCUAAUCUGAUACCGAAAAAUCGGCAAAUGGUUAAGGUCGAAGGCGAUGCCAAUUAUCGGCGGGAGAUCAAGUGGAAAAUCGAGAAGGAGAAGCAAAUGCGGAAACUUGUGAUGCAGAAACGGAGGGAGCAAGAGCAGCGUGAGGAGAAUCUCAAAAUGGAAAGGCGAGGGUCGGUGGAUUCGAUCGAUUAUGAGCUUCAAUGUGAGCAACAGUUCGACCGCUUGAAAAUCCGUGAAAUCCUCAUGUUCUUCAUACGACACUUCAUCGAAAUGGCCCGAAAAAGCCGCCGCUUGGCCAGCCAAAGACAAGCUCUAUUCUACUUAAAACAAGCGUACUACCUCGGAAAAAUCCUUGAAGACUUUGGUCUCCAAGCCGAUGCGCGCGAGCUACUUGAACAAGUGACCAAAGAAGAGGAAACGUCGAAGAAAAUAUCAGUCUCUGAGUCGUUUGAGUUCCCACCGUCCACACCAAAGCGGAAUUCGGCCCAGUUCAGCUGGGAAAUGACCCAACAAGUCAAAGGAAACAACAUCAACCUAAACAACUUGAACAAAUCGUACAACAACACCUCCGGAACCCCACAAAACUUCUCCAAGUUGAAAAAGCACCCCAGCAAUCUAAAAACACGAACGAGUGUCCUGCUGCGGAACAGCACCUGUCAGAACGAAGACCGGAGGUCGGUGGAAUCGACCGUGCGGAGGAGCAUAGUCGGGUUUUCCGACACCGUUGAAAUACGAUAACGGGAAGAUUUACCGUCGAUAGACUUGACAGUGUGUAUUGUUUUCCGCGUUAUUGUAUGCUAUGUAUACUGAACUUACCUUAACUCCAUGCUCGUUGUAAAAGUCAGCGGUGCCCAAACUUGCAUACAACUUGUACCCCAUCUUUUGCAACACUCUCAUGCUGGGCAGCAGCUCCAUUUUAUGCUACAAAUAAAGUUAUUUUUCUAAACCA